AAAUCCACAACAACAACACCAACUACUACGACUGCUGCUACUACUACUACUACUACCGCAAUUGACCGUUGCAAUACAGUCGGUGAGCAAGUUAAGAGCACAAAAGGCGAACGAUCACCUCUCUAUGAAGCAAUAUGGCGUGCUGGUGUUGAAACCUCAUGGUUUCAUCUAUUGCGUAAACUAAUACUCGAGGCGCUGGCGAAUCGCAUUCACAUCGCUCUCGAACACGCACCACAACCACAAAGCUCAAGUCAGUUAGUGAAAGCAGCGAAUGACGUUCUCGUGGCAUGGAUCAAUAUAGAUCCAUAUCUGAAAGAAUAUCUUGUAUCGAUUCCAAUCGGUAAAUGGGGGACUGUAUGCGAUUUCUUGCACUGUGUGUCUGCUACUUAUCCCUGCACGACAACUCCAUCCACGACAACAACUCCAUCCAGCCGUUGCCAGACAGUUUCUGAUACUAUCGAAACUGUUGGACAAAGUUCACCUCUCAAUACUGCAAUAGCGGACGGUUAG